GCCCAGAAGCACGUCCUGGAUGAUAUUAACAAGGUCCCGAACCUCAGAGACCUCCUCUCCCGAGACAUGGCCGAGGUCAGGAAGGCAUUGGACGAAGACGCGACGAAGGCCGUCCUCAUUGGCUCCGUGAAUCUCGCCAAGCCCCUGGAGAAGCUGCGCCGCCAGAACAAGACUCUCCUUGGGGACCGCGACACGAGGGCCAACCUGGACGGCAGCGACUAG